CACACACAGAGGAGUUUGCUUCAUCGGGCCAGGGUAAUCAAUCAAGCGGUCAUUCAUUGUACACAAUCACACACAGCGAGAGAGGGACGGAUAGAGAGGGGGUGGUUGGUGCGGUACGGCGGGGGGCCUGGCAGGCCUGGCCUGGCCUGGCCGCUAGAGAUACACAGAGAGGUACACACAGGGUAGAGGAAGGACAAACAGCUAAGCUUGCUGCACAAAUACCGUCAUCGUUCGUUCGUGUCAGUGGUUGGAUGCGAUGGCCCCCAGACACACACCACACGCACACUCAGAAGUCUGCUUGCUAAUGAAGGCAUCGCAUCACGCUGUAUGGAUGUGGCUGGCUACGGGACGAAUGGCUGGUUGCUGUAUACGUGCAGCAGCUGCAGCAGCAACGCCACACCGUAGCCUGUGGCGCGCUCCCCUACCUGAGCGGACAGACACAUCACACACACACACACAACGUCCACAUGACCGCCCAUCGCAUGGAUCGCAUCUGCUGCUGGCUGACCAUACCAUGGCUGGUGCGCACAUGUCGAUGUGCAGCCAGCCACCCUGCACACAACCACAUGACACCGCAUCAUCGACAGACAUUCCCCGCCCGCCUGAUGGCAUGCAUGGCCUCUAUGUGUUGUGUGUGCGCUGUGGCCCACUGACUCACCUCUUUGGCAGUGAAUUCCUUGGCUAGGUUAGCCUCGAUGAAGAGCCCCGCUGUGGAGACCAAUGCGCUGCCCCGGUCCUUGGCCGAAUUCUUCAUGUCAGCCACCUGCGGACGGACAGACAGACAAGACAGCCAACGUCAGUCAUGUGAUGUCAGUGUGUGUGUGCGAGUGUACGAGUGUGUGUGUACCUUACCUUGCUGUUGUACUCCUGCAGGUUGAGCUCUGGGGUGUAGAUGCAGGGGAACACACAGUCGCCACUCAACUGAUGAUACGGAUGCGGCACACACACCACACACUCCUCAGUGCACAGAAGCCUCCUUCCUCUUGAUGAGAGGAGGGAUGGAGAUUGUGUGUGCGCUGCGCGUACUUACCUUGCCGGCCUCCACGGCCCACUGCUCCAGAUCCUCCCUAUUGGACACUAUUGCGCCGAUCAGCCUGCCAGUGGCACUUGACUGCACACAGGACACAUGACACAAUCACACACACAAGGGAUGACCGACACUCCCUCCCUCCCCCAGCAACUUGGCUCCCUCCGUGUGUGUGUGGUGGUCAUUGCAUUGGUGUGCAUACCCACCUGUGCGCCUGUGAGUGUGCACAUGUCAACGAUGAGUGUUGGGUUGAGUAGCUGGGAAGCGUAGGCCACGCCGUCCGAGACCACCAGCCGUCCCUCUGCAUCGGGGUUGUUGAUCUCCACCGUCCUGCCGCUGUACAACGUGAUGAUGUCGUCGGGACGCAACGCAUCGGGACCUGAUUCAUUGGGUCGACAAACGAAUGAAUGGAUGGAUGGAUGGAUCUGCGCGCCGGUGAUUCCGUAGGGUGUGUGCGUGUGUGUGUGUACCGAUUGCGUUCUCGGCGAGGCAAAGGAUGGCUAUCAGGUUGUGGCCGAACGUCAUGCGACCCUGGUUGGUUGGUUGGUCGCACGGCCGUGCACGGCAGCACACAUGAGAGAAGCAGAGACAGACACUUGUGGCGGUGAGGUGAGGGAGGCACUGGUUGGCUGACUGACCUGGACGGCACACACGAAGGCCGUGAGUAUUGCACUGGCACCGGCGCAGUCGGCCUUCAUCCCAAACAUGCCUGAUGGAUGAUGCAAAUAAACAGGCCACAGAUGGGCGUUGCAGGGUGGUAAUCCAUCCAUCCAUCGCUCCAUCCAUCCAUUCAUCUGUACCUACCGUCUUUUGAUUUGAGUGCCAGCCCCCCGGUAUCGUACACAAUGCCCUUGCCCACCCACACCAGCGUGCUCGGACCUACACGACACGACACACACACACACAAACAGAGAGAGAGAGAGAGAGAUGCGACCCUCACAUCCGUGACUUUAUUGUGUGCCCCCCCUACCUGGGUUCAUCUGUGCCUGGAACGGUGCUGCGUUGCCAUGUGGGCAGUACUUGAGCACCACGAAAUGAGGCAGAUGCGUCGCGGCUUUGCCUGACCGACAGAAGCCGAUAUGCACACACGUGUCAAUCAACAGCCUUACGUACUAAGGGAGGUUUGCUGCCUACAUCCGUACCAACAUUCCACAUGCCGCCGAAGCCCCGCUCUCUCAGGUCGGUCCCUGAGACCACCUGCACCCACCCACCCACCACAGACAGACAGACAAUACGGCCAAUGCAAUCAAUGCGCCGCCCACAGGCAUAGAUCUCCCUCCCUGCCUCCCGAUGUGCGUGUGUGCGUGUGUGUAUCUCACCUCCAUUUCUAUGUCGAGUCCGUUGACCAUGUCGUGGAUGCACUCGAGGUACCUGUCGGUGUGCAUCUCUAUCGACGGAGUGUCCACCAGGCAGGCCGCGUUCCGCACCGCCUGAGCCACGUGCGACAGCUUCUCGUGCACUUCCAAAGGCAGCAACUCGUCGCUGACACACACACACACACACAACCACCAUUUCAGUACUCACUCUCUCUCUCUCUCUCUGUGUGUGUGUGUGUGUGUGCCGCUUCUCUCCCUGGCUGACACACUCAGUCACUCACUUGUGGUACAGCGCGAUGGUGACCCGCCCCUCGGCCUGCUGGCGGCUCUUCAUGUUGUAGAUGGGAAAGUUUCUGACCACGGCCACCAGCAUCGGCAGCACGUGCUCCCUGGCCUCUGCGAUCAGCAGCACAUACAUGGCCGGGUGCGGCCCCUGCGUGGCUAUCAGCGCCUUGAUCUGGUCCGGCCGGCACGCGCAGUUGUGCCGACUGGCCACACGACUGACCGCCAUGAGGACCAUCUUGGGUUUGUUGGGCCGCCAGUAGACGGCCGCUGACCCGCCACUGGUGCUGUUGCUGGGCGAGAGCUGCGAAGCGUACUGGCCCAGCUCGGCUGCGCAAUCGAGCCCGUCCGCACCGAAAAAGUCGGUGUUGUCGAUGAAGGUCCCGAUGGCCUCCCUGAAGCCGCAGAUGCACAGCAGCGUGUCUUUGUUGCAUUCCGAUGAGGAGAAGGGCGUCACAAGCAGCAUCGUGCUGCUGUUGCUGUUGCUGUUGCUGCUUGCGUGGUUGGCCUUGAGCUUGUCAAACAGCUUUCUGCGAUGCUUGUUGGCUGACUGGGCUGCCGCCGAGCCUUCACUGUCGUCCGCCGCGGCCUUCCUUUUGCCGUCCAUCCAUGCGAAUGGUGUUC